CAGGUCAGCGAACAAACCGUCUUUGUUUACAAAGCCAUAAUUUUGCCUCUGUCAAUACUUUGGUGUGUGUGUGUGUGUGUGUGUGUGUGUGUGUGUGUGUGUGUGUGUGUGUGCGUGCGCUUGUCUGUGAGGGGGAAACAUACCCAGGAAAACAAAGGGUGGAAAAAUACUUCUUUUGGCAUCAUGCAGAUGUCAAGAAGUCAGGAAGCUUUGUCACAAGAUAAGCUGUGUUGUAUGUAAGCCUCUUGAAUUGAACAGUGUUAUCACAAGGAAACACUUUUUAAACUCUAACGUGGUUAGACAAAGUUGACAUGUUAUGUCUAUAAAUGAUACAUAAUGUCUUAUUCGGAUGAUGCAGAGAAUGCAAAGUCAGUGAAGUAGUUUGUAUUUAGCUAUAGGGCUAAAUAAAUGAGAGGAUGUUCAUUCCCCUCCCCAGCUGCUUUGCUUUGCUGAUUUGCUUGUCAUUUCCUCCCCAUGUCGCUGCUAUCUGAUGUGUGUGCUUUGUGCGGCUAAAUACAGGGCAAAGAGGACAAGGGAGGGGAGAAAGCACUGGCAGAGUUCAAAAUACCUUAGGUGUGGCUUUAAAUUCUUUUCUUAUUCAUCUCUGAGGGUCUUCAGAUUGCAGGGAAGGACGCAAAUCAGGUUUGAGGGGACUAAAGGGACACUGAAACAUGACGAGUCUCAGCAGCAAGGAGCAUCUGAAGGAGGUUGAACAUGACGACAACAUAAAGGAAGAAACGCGGGGGGCGACGACUCGCUCAGCUGCCUCUCUCCGCCCAGAAGACGUGUUGUGCGACUCCUGCAUGGACAACCCCAGCAGGGCCUCAAAGUCCUGCCUGACCUGCCUGGUUUCCUACUGUGAGGUCCAUCUCAGACCUCAUCUGGAAAACGUCAAGUUUCAGAAUCACCGUUUGGUGGAUCCUCUCCACGACAUUGAAAGUCGCACUUGUGAGCUGCACCAGCUUCCUCUCAAGCGCUUCUGUCUGCUGGACAGCUGCUGUGUGUGUCUGGAGUGUGAGGUCCAAGGGCAUGAAGGGCACGCGAUGGCAAUCAUAGGGGAGGCACGGAAGCAGAUUGAGGUAGAGAUACAGAGGAAAGAAGAGGCGAUCAGUCAAAGUGCUUCAGCAGCCGAGAAAACGAUUGAAAAGCUGCAGAACAACAGCAACUUAAUAAAGUCCUCAGUGCAGGAGAGCCGUGUACUCGUUGAACAGCAGUUUGCUCGGGUGCAGGCGACUGUGACGGAGGUGAUGAAAGGGGCAAUGGAUGUGCUGGAGGGAGAGCAGAGACAGGCCCUCCGACAGGUAGACGGCAUCCAGGCACAUCUGGAGCAGAGGAGGACGGAGUUGAUGAAAACGCUGGCUCACGUCAACAAAAUGUCCAGGAUCAAGUCUGACGUCGACUUCCUGCAGGAAUACUCCGAGUGGAAGAAAGGAGUGGCCGACACAUGUCUGCCCAGUGUGUACAUCAACUGCAUGGACCGUUUAACCUCUUACGUUUAUGUAUUGACUGAUGCUACGCAGGAGCUGUGUGAUCUGAUUCUCUCUUCCUACAGAGACAAACUGACCAUGUUUUGUAAAUGUGGCCCUAAAUCCCUGAAGCCAGAAUCCGAAUCGUCACCCUCAGCCGAGCCUGAGACCAGAGGAGACCUUUUAAAAUAUGCAAGGAGUUUGACGUUUGACCCAGACACCACCCAUCACUUCCUGCGUAUAACAGAGGACAAGAGAAAGCUCACCAACACCAGCCCCUGGCAGCACAGCUACCCAGAACACCCUGAUCGCUUUGAGUACUGGCGGCAAGCAAUGUCUUCACAGAGUGUUUACUUGGGGAGGCACUACAUUGAAGCAGACUUGAGUGGGGAGGGAGCUCAUGUAGGAGUCACAUACAAGAGCAUCGAUCGCAAGGGUGAGGAGAGCAACUGUUGCAUCACAGGAAAUGACUUUUCUUGGUGUGUGGGAAGGAACAGUCGAGGCUUCUUUGUCUGGCACGCUGGUGUGGAAACGCCUGUGGAUGUGGGGAAUGUCAGUCGAAUCGGCUUAUAUGUUGACUUUCAGCGAGGCUCUGUGUCUUUCUACGACGUAACCGCUGUAAUGACGCUGCUCCACAAAUACCAGGCCAAUUUCAUUGAGCCCUUGUAUCUUGCUGUCUGGCUGUCAAAGAAUGACAAUGUAGUUGCUCUGGUUGACGCAAAAUGAUAUAUAAUAAUUAUAACAUAAUAAAUACAUCCAAAUAUGUAAUUCACCAGGUCCCACCACUGUGUGUUUGAAUAGACAGCAAACCAGUGCACUGUAAAUCUUUAUUGAGGUUACAUAACAAGUUCAAUCCAUGUCAGUGAAGAUUCAGUUUACUCCCAUCUAGUGGUGACUCGACAACAUCAGCAGUAGGUGUGUUAGGAAUUUACUGCAGUUGUAACUUUACUGCUCUUAAAUGUGACAUUAAUGAUGGGAAAGGUACACUUAUUUUAUUUGUCUUACAAGUUUCUGUUAUUAUGACUGUCAGCAUAUGUGUAUUUUUAAUCACAUUUCUGAAUUAUUACUUUAUAAAGACGAACGCGGAUUUAUUGGUGUGGAGGGUGUGUAAAAAUCAUCAUGUUGGAAAUCAUUAACAUCAAGUUGAUUGCAGCUUCAGGCGUUAAAAUCCGUCUCAUUCUCAUCAUAAACUGGAUUUACAAAGUACACACCACCUGUCUGAGUAAUGGAAAUUGAAUUAUGCAGAUCGGGAAUAUUAGGCAGCGUGUUGAGGUUGUCAAACAUUGGGUUAGCAAAUCCGUGGUCAAGAGGGCCACCAAGUUCCCCAAUAUCACUAUUUCUCUUAAAGCUGCUCAGAGAAAGCCUCACUGAUGGCAUUUGAAUAACACCCCUGCGAACCAGGGCAACCGCGAUGAGAAUGAGCACAAUAGUAAUUAAAACUCCUAGCACAACUCCGACCACCAUUCCUACGCUGCCUGCAGACUGGUCACUGCUGUUGCCGGAGGAGGCUUGAAAUUCAGCCUCAGUGAUUCCAAGGUGGGAGCCAUGAGUGCGAACAUCCUUUACUAUGUCCCAGGCCAGAGCCUCUGCCUGUGUACCGUCCCCUCCAUCCAGAAUAGUCACCUGGAUCUCAGGUGAGGCACCGAAUGGAAAUAUCACCAGCAAACGUUGUGACCUGGACACUUUAGAAAUGCCCAGCUGGAUGGAUUUGUACUGUGGCAAGAUAAGAAAAAGGUUAUGGAUCCGUUGCCUGUAAGUCUGCAUGUUGAAACCGCCGGCGUAAUGGACGGUGACGAUGGCGCCGCACACCUCACAGCAGUGUCCAACGGGGCUGAGAGGCAUCUUACAGUUCAAAGCAGCACAUUUGACACUGCCACAGAUCCGCUCGUGGUUUACAGAGUUCCCACACUCGCAGCCAGAAGGGUCCCCACAGCCUGGAUUCCCAACAGUGACCGCAGAAGAUCCAUGAAACUGGAGCCGACCUGUGUGUGAGCUGAGAUACUGUGAAAACUCAGAUCCACUGUCAAACUUCUUCCCAAGCACAGACACAGAUUUCACAGGAAUGCUGGACUGACUGGAGCUGGUGUCCACUUUAAAGGAAGAAAGAGCUUUAAAAACCACAUCAUCAUACUGGCAAGGGACUCUCUCUUCAUGGACUGAGAACAGGACAUUUCCACGCUGCAGAUCAUCCAGUGUUGCAGCUCCCUGCCAGAGAGCUGGAUCAAACCACUGCAGAGAGUCGGAGUCUUUGAAUUUGGUUGCGACACCUUGUCCACAGCCUGGCUCUUGUCCUGGCAAUACAAAAAAUCCAGCUCCCGAAUUCAGGAUGAACUCCCCAUCGACUGGCAACCUCAUCUCCUUCACGGCGUGCAGAGUCUCCACAAACACAGACACUUUUCUUUGGGCUGAAAACUGAGCAAUGUCGUUGCCACACGGAACCGCUCCUUUGUCCCAGUUUGUCUUAUUCUCAUAGUUGGUGUCAGGGAUCCACUGCUUGUACAGGGCAUUUGCUGCCCCGACAAGACAGAGGAGAAGGAGCAUGUGCUGUGUUUUCAGCAUCCUGAAUAUUUGUGACAGACCAGCAGAACAUUCAGUGACCUUUGCUGUCCAACCUUGUGACUAACACAAGUGCACGUUAACUCAAAAAUGCUGAAGCAGGUGACAUGUGAAAGAUUAACAUCUCCUGCAAUAACUGACCUGCUUCAAGACAUUUCUUUUAUCCACAUAAGAAUAUCCCUUCAAAAUGUGCAAUAAUCUAAUUAGAUGAUUCAGGCCAGAAACUAUGAACAUUACAGUUUUAAUUCAACGUUCAAACCGUAAAGGAAUGCGGACAAACGUGUCUUCCACUUUGAAAUCAGCCUGGACACAUUUUACAGCAUGUUUUAUACAUAAAUACAGAAUCAGAAAAUCUCUGAAUCAAAUUGUGCAUGCAUUUCAUGGAACAUGUCAUUUUAGAUCCUGAUGAAAUUAAAAUCAUUACAAUUUAAACGUAUACAUGCAAUUAUACAUAUAAAUAUAUGCCUGGACAUCUCGUAAAUAUGAUCAUACUACAGAGCAAGCAGAAAUAUAAGAGGGUUUGUCCAAAGUAACUUUGUUUUUUUCACAGUGAGGCGUAACAGGUGCCAACAACCAAUCAGCCUAAACUGACAACACCUGCACGUCUCCACUGAGGAAGCUGUGUGAUUAUUAGAGCUGUGCAAGUGCAGGGACUUUGUAUGUCUUAGCUCUCCGUGCAUCUCCCUUUUAAUCCAAAUCCCAAAGUGUCCUAAAGGAUUGACCUCUGAUGUUGUGUGUGUAAUAUCUGCCCUCUCCAUUUUGGCAUCAUGAGAACUGCCGCUCAGCAGAUAUUCCAGACCUGCAACAAGCUUUUCUCCAG